AUGUAUUUAAUUAUUCUGGUUGUACUAAUUAAAUGCAUGUUGAUUCACUUAUAGUAUAAAUUAUUUAAUAAAAUUCAUUAGUUACAGCACUGAUUUUGAUGUACAUAGAAAUUGGAUGAGAAUUACAACAGAAUAACCAAUUAAUUAAUGGUAUUAUGAUGAACAAUCUAUUUGGACUCUUGAUUAUCCUCCUUUGUUUGCUUAUUUGGAAUAUUUAUUUGGUAAAAUUGCAUUAUUGAUUGGAAUUGACUUAUACAAUAUUACAGACUAAUUAGUAUGGUUUUAAAGAAUUACUGUAAUAAUAUCAGAGUUUUUAUACUUUUAUGCAGUCAAAUAUUAACAAAAAUCGUUUACAAAAUAGUUUAUUGAUAUGAUACCAUUUGGAUGUUUAUUAAUUGAUAGUAAUAAAAUAAAUAAAUAUUAAUAGAUAUACAUUUUUAAUACAAUGGAUUCUUAUAUGGUAUUUUAUUGUUUGUUUGUUAUAAAUUACAAAAACAGUAGUAUUUAUAAGCCUCUCUAUUGUAUGUUAUAUUACUUUCCUUUAAGCAUAUAUACAUUUAUGUAUUGCCAGCUUUUGGAGUUAUUUUGUUGAAAAAUUGUCAAAUCAAAUAAAUAAUCACUAUGGGUAUUUUUUCAGUGUCUCUUGUUAUAUUGAUUUUUUUACCUUUUUAUUAAGAUUUAUUUUAGAUUUUAAAAAGACUCUUUCCUUUUUAAAGAGGACUUGUUCAUGCUUAUUGGGCUUAGAAUUUUUGGAGUAUAUAUUGUACAGCAGAUAAAAUUUUAGGAAUUAUUUUUAAAGUUAAUAAAGCUUCAACUGCUUCUGGUGUGGUUUAGGAAACAAUUUUUAAUGUGUUACCUUAAAUAGGUAAUUUCACAACUUUAAUAAUUAUUGGAUUUUUAUGUUUAGUAUGUUAUUAAUUAAUUUUAGAUUUUGUUUAGAAAAAAAUAUAAAAAUAUAUAUGAUAUUUUUACUAUUUCUUCAUUGAUAUUUUUUAAUUUUGGAUAUCAUGUACAUGAAAAAGCUGUUAUGAUUCCAUUAAUUUUAUAAUUUGUUUAAAUGAAAAAUCCUAACUUAAUUUUUAUGGCCUCAUUUAUAAAUGGUAUUGCAUUAUUACCAUUAAUUCCUACUUAAUAUGGUAAAUAUAAUAAUUUAAAUAGAAUAACCAAUACUUAUAAUAUUAUUAAUUGUUUUACAUUUGAUAUUCUAUGCCGAAUAUUAGAUUAAAUUGAAUGAUAUAGAAAAAUUAUAUCUCUUAUUAGGAGGUCUAAUAAUUCUAUAUGAUCGUUUAUUUCACAAUUUGUUAUUAGGAGGGAAAUUAGAAUUUUUACCUUUAAUAAUGUAUUCAUUAUAUGGAAGUUUGUUUAAUUAAUAUUGGCUCAUAUAGUAGAUUAGAUAGAAAGAUGAUUAUUAUGUAAAAUUGUGUUGAAUUAUUAUUAAUAUUAUAAAUAUAAAAAUGAAAUCUUGUUACAUUUAAAUUGAUAAAUAUAUGAUAUAUACUCAAAAGUAAUUAGUUAAAGGAUAGGUGGAACAGUUUUCUUAGGAUUUAUGCCAAAUGAACUGGGGAUAAAGAAAAUAUUUUUAUUAUUAAGGAAAUCCAUGUAAAAGCUUCUUCUGAAGUAAAAGUAUCGUUUUAAUAAAAAAUAAAUGUUUUAAGAAAAUUAAAUCACUAAAAUAUAGUUGUUUUUAUAGAUGCAAAAAAAAGAAGAAUUUAUGUAUUUAGUUAAAGAAUACUGUAAUUAAGGUGUUUUGGAUGAUUUUAUUUUGAAUCACAAUUUAUCAGAAUAUGUUGUUGUCUUCUUUAGAUAAAAUGCAGCAGUAUUCAAAUAUUUAGUAAUCAAAAAAAAUAAUUCAUAGAGAUAUUAAACCAUAAAAUUUAUUUUUACAUUAUGGGUAAGUGAAAGUUGCGGAUUAACUAAAGUUAUGGAUUAAUCAAAUUAAAGUGGAAAAUUUUAAACUUUUAGUGCAAUACCUGCGUGUAUGUCUCCUUAAAUAAUUAAAUCAAAAUCUUAUAAUAGUUUAAGUGAGAUAUGGUCUUUAGGAGUAUUUAGAGAAUAUCAUUGGAAAGAAGUCAUUCCAUUAAAGUUAUUAAAGAAAAUCUAACAUAAAAGAAUAUAUUUUAUUUAAUUAUUUAAACUUUUGUUUUAAUCUAAUACCUGAAGGAUGUACAUUAUCAGAACCAACUAAAGAUCUUUUAAAAAGCAUGCUUGUUAUUGAUGAAAAUAAUAGAGUUUCUUGGUAAGAUUUCUUCAAUUAUAAAGCAAUUAAAAUUGAAUAAAAUCCUUAAUUUACAUUAUCAAAUUAAGAUACAGAUGAAGAUUUAACAUUAAACAAUUUCUUAAUUGAAAGUACAAGUCUCAGUUUAUCAAAUAAAGAAUAAGAUGAAAUGUAAGCAUAUGGAAGAAGAUAUACAUUAUAAAUCUAAAAUUUAAUACUAGAAAUUAUUUGGCUCAUUAAAACAUUUUAAAUAGAGCCUAGAGAAGCAAAAGAUCAUUUAGAUUCCAAAUAUCUAUAGAUAUCAUUUUUUAUAAGUUGAAAGUCAAAAAAAAAUUGUUGUACAUUUAAUGCAAGUUUUUACUAUAAGAAAGAAUUUAUUUUGUCUUUUCAUCAUUAAAUCAAAUGCUAUUAAUUGAUUGCAAUGAAUCAGGAAUCUUAGAAUUUGAUCCACAAGAUUGGUUAGAAUUAAUGACAUCUGAAUAUCUUUAAAAUGAUUUAUAAAAAAAUAGAUAAAGUACCUAAAGAGAUUUUGAAAUAUCUAAAAAAGAAUUUAAAAAAUGGAAAGAAUAAUUAUAUGAUGCUUAAUUUUAAUUAAAAAAGUUCUCUAUUAUUGAAAGAGGAGUUGCUUAAAGUAUUGAAGAAAAUGAAUAUUUAAUUAUGGCAAUUAAUAAUAAUUUCAAAGAAAUCUUUUUAAUUUUAGCAUAAUAAUUAGAACCUAUUUAUUUAUAAAUAUUAGAAACUAAAAAACCUAUUAACAAACACUAAAUAUACAAUGAAAAGAAAAUUGAUACCAUUUUCAUCUAUGAUAUUCAUAUGUUUCAGAAAUAUUGUUAAAAAGCCUUAAUUAGAUUGUUGAAUACAAAUAAAUUUUUAAAGAUAUUAUGA